UUUGUGCAUAUCCUCGGUAGCUGUUUUGCUACUUCAUUUCAAGGAUAUUCAAGGAAACCCCUGCGUUGCAUUUGAAGACGAUGAUGGGGAUUGAUGGAAUUUGAGGGGAGGUGGAGGAGCUCGUCUGAACCGCAGCAGGCGAUUUGAAUUGGGUUCCAGAGGGGAAUGGUGAUGGCGGCCCUGGUGGGCAAUGCUGGCCGCCUGAUUGCCUCUUCAGCUGUUCGCUGCACUUGCUCUGCUCCCGUCCGCACUCGACGUCUUAUUUGCUUCUCAGCUUCUCUCCAGAAGCCGCAAGCCGCGGGCAUCUCGGCUCCGGAACUUGAUUUUCCUGGGAUUGUUGGUGAUGGAGGGUUUAACGCUGCUGGGAGAGCGCCUCGGAAGGUGUCCCUGAAGGAUAUGACGUUUCCGGAGCUUGAGAGGUGGGUGGAGUCUCAUGGCCACAAGGCAAGUAGGGCUGCUAUGUUGUGGCGUCAUCUGUACGGGAAUGGGAAGUGGGUGGAGUCUCCCGCUGUGAUUCCUCGGUUGAACAAGGAGUUCGUAUCGUUGCUUGAGGAGAGGGCAGAAUUCGCACCGAAUUUGCAGUUGCGGGAUGUGCAUACAGCUAGGGAUGGGACGCGGAAGCUUGUAUUCUUUUUAGAGGAGUAUGGCGCUUCUGUGGAGACAGUGGUGAUUCCUGGACCGAGGGGCCGUGUCACUGUGUGCGUGUCGAGUCAAAUUGGGUGCGCCAUGAAUUGUCAGUUUUGUUUUACUGCAAAGAUGGGGCUGCGUGGGAACCUCAGCACAGCUCAAAUUGUGGAGCAGCUAGUGGUGGCUUCUCGGAUUGUUAGCAAGGACCUGGGGCACGUCACGAAUGUCGUCUUCAUGGGCAUGGGGGAGCCUCUCCACAACAUCGACAGUGUCAUCAGAGCGGCGGAGAUUAUGGUAAACGACAAAGGAUUGCAUCUGAGCCCCCGGAAGGUUACUAUCUCAACGUCAGGUCUAGUUCCGCAAAUUCGAAAGUUCUGUCGAUCUUCUGAAUGCGCUCUCGCAGUGAGCCUGAAUGCUACCACUGAUGAUAUUAGGGAUCAGAUUAUGCCCAUCAAUCGGAAGUAUAAUAUACGCACAUUGCUAGAUUGUGUGAAGGAGGAGAUGAUCACGCACAGGCCAGGCGAAUCAGUAUUUCUUGAAUACGUCAUGCUGAAGAAUGUAAACGACUCAGAGGAAGACGCCACCAGGCUUAUUGAGUUGGUCAAAGACAUCCCUUGUAAAAUUAACCUUAUAAUGUUUAAUUCGCAUCCAGGUUCUGCAUUCGAACCUACACCUUUGGUCGAGGUUCUAAGAUUUAGGGAUAGGGUCGCUGAUGCAGGCUUAGUGGUGCAUAUUCGUAAUAGUCGCGGUGACGACGAGAAAAUGGCUUGUGGCCAGCUCGGUACUGUAUUGCCUAGGUCUCCAAGGAGACGCAAACAAGAAAUGCAAGAACCUGCGUAGGGUUUCUGUUGCUGAACUGCUUGUAGUCUUCUCAUUUGAAUUGACAACAAGACUACGAUUGUUGCGAUCGUAACUUCAAGUAAUGUCUAAUGAAUUCAUGCUUAUUUGUUGCUCAUGUUA